AUGUACAUCACUAUCUAUUUCAUCGUCACACGCCUCUUCGACUCUCUUCGCGCUGUCAGAGACCACUUUCUCGCCCUUGACCCCACAGACCUCACUGUCGACCUGCUCGAGGAGCGCCUCCUUGCGGCUGAGACUAGUAUAGUUGCUGUAGGUGCUGCUCGUGGCAUUCCUCUCACGCCCUUCUUUGAGGGGUGUUCCCCCUCCCCCCUUGCCCCCUCUGUUGCUUCUGCUGCUGCUGUCGACUUCCUUGGCGCGGAGGAGGUCGGUGCUCCUUCUGCCCCUAGUGGGAAGCGCCGCAGUGGCAAGGGCAAGGGAGGCAAGAGUGGUGGAAGUGGCGGCGAGGGGGGGGGUGGAGGUGGAGGCGGUGGAGGCGGUGGAGGUGGCGGAGGUGGCGGUGGGAGUGGUACGGGAGUGGGGGCGUCGGUGGCGGCGGUGGCGGCAGCGGUGGGGGUGGUGGUGGUUGUCAUGGCGGCAGUGGGAGUGGUGGCGGCGGUGGUGGCGGCAGUGGGAGUGGUGGCGGCGGCAGUGGUGGUGGUCGGGCUGGAGCCGUUCAGAGGUUGCAGCAGCAGCGUCCGCGUGAGACCCCUUCGCCCCAGCAGCUUCGUGAGUGAGUUUGGCGACGAGGCAGAGCUUUUCCGCUGGGCGGAGCUGCUUAGGUCUGGUGUUGAUAUCUUUGCUCUUGACUAUGACGCUAUCCUUGGUGCCAUGUAUGCUUUGACUGCUCCAGAGGAGGAGGAGGAGGAGGAGGAGGAGGAGGAGGAGGAGGAGGAGGAGGAGGAGGAGGAGGAGGAGGAGGAGGAGGAGGAGGAGGAGGAGGAGGAGAUGCUGGCGGAGGGCGUGAGGGAGGUGGCCGUGGCAACCGACCUGGAGGUGCUGUACCGGGAGACCCCCAACUACCGCGGAGCGGCAGCUGAGGCUGACCGCAUGAUCGAGCCUAGGGAGACGGCUAGGCAUGCCUGGCGAGUGCCAGACCUCGGUGUUAGGGAGCAUGCUGUUAGUGCAGGUGAGGAGGCCGUGACUGAGGGGGGCUAG